AUGUUGUCAAACUCCCUUGCGGCUCUGGUCGGCCUCUUGGCUUUCGCAGAUGCCGCGCGCACCCACGGCCACUCGCACCAGCACCGAAGCCAUAACCAUUCGGAAGUAGAAAAGCGCGGCGGACAGUGUCAAUUCCCAAGCAAUGCCGGCUUGGUUGCGGUUACCCCGGGUUCCGAGAACGGUGGAUGGGCUAUGAGCCCCGACCAGCCUUGCAAACCUGGCAGUUGGUGCCCUUAUGCAUGCCCUCCCGGAAAGGUCUCGAUGCAGUGGAAUCCAAAGGCCACUUCUUACAGCUACCCUCUUUCGAUGGAUGGUGGGUUGUACUGCGACGAGAACGGCCAAAUCCAGAAGCCGUUCCCUGACAAGGAUUACUGUGUCGACGGGACUGGUGCUGUUACUGCCGUCAACAAGGCAGGCAAGCCUCUCUCUUUCUGUCAGACCGUUCUCCCUGGUAACGAAGCCAUGCUUAUCCCGACUCUGGUUGAGGAUACUGCUACCCUCGCUGUUCCGGAUCCUUCGUAUUGGUGCUCAACCGCUGCUCACUACUAUAUUAACCCUCCUGGAACUGGAGAGGAAGGCUGCAUUUGGGGAACCAGUGCCAACCCUGUCGGAAACUGGGCCUAUUUCGUCGCUGGCGCCAACACCGAUUCUAGUGGAAACACCUUCGUCAAGAUCGGCUAUAACCCUGUUGUCCAAGAACCUGCUACCCCAUUCCGCAAUACUCCAGCUUCUUUCGGUGUUGAGAUUACCUGCGAUGAAGGUGCUGGAUGCAAUGGUCUGCCCUGCAAAAUCGAUCCUUCUAUCAACGCUUUGAAUGAAGUCACCUCAGGUGAGAGCUCCGACGGUGCCGGUGGUGCUGCCUUCUGCGUUGUCACUGUUCCCAAAGGCCAGACCGCAAACAUUGUCGUGUUCGAGGCUGGAAACAGUGGUGGAAGCUCUAGCUCUAGCUCUAGCUCUAGCUCCAGCUCCAGCUCCAGCUCCAGCUCCAGCACCAAGGCCAGCAGUAGCUCUUCAAGCUCUUCUACUUCGACCUCAACUUCGACUUCUACCACCCCAACAACCACUUCCUCUCCUUCAACCACGUCUCAUAGCUCGACGACCUCAACCUCGACUUCAAGCUCGACGUCGUCUACUCCAAGCAGCACUACCACGCAUACACCAUCGUCAACUGAAGCCUCGACUACUCCGGCGUCGUCCUCCCCUAAGUCCACCUCGGCUACUUACAGUUACGCCCCGCAUGUUUUCGCUGAAACAUCCGCUAGUGGAGACGGCGGCGCUACAACCACUUCUGCCGGUGAUUCCAAACCGGCCUCGCCUUCUGCUAGCCCUUCAUCUGCCGCUUCGCCAAUGUCCACAGGCUCGAUGACCGGCUUGGCCUUGUGUCUCAUGGCCGGCAUCAUGAUGCAAUUCUGA